GAUACCGAUGACCAUCGAGUGACAAUCAUCAUCACAGUGGCUCCGUGAGAUAAGAUCUCUGAAAAUUCACGCCCCCCCCCCCCCCAAUUCCCUUCAUCACCCACCGUGCAAGAGCGUGCAUCGGACACUGCGACCGUCACGAUUACCGUUAGGUCGGCCAUCUCACAACAUUGCGAGUCACAAGUGACAACCCCUUACGGUCGUCCGUGUCCCAUCUCAAUUACGACGGGGUUCUCAGCCUUGCCAGCUUGGACGCCUGCUGUCUUUGGACCAGGACGUGGUUGACCCGCCCUUUGGUUGGAGUGGCUUACCUUCCGUCCAUCCUAAACUGGAGCAACUUGCCGUGCGGUGGUCGGCAUGUCUAAGAUGUAUUCAACGCUCCAGUCGCCUUUGACCCUCACGACUCCCGUCUGGCCCAAUUUCCCCCGCCCUCGACGUCGACUCACAUCAGUCCCCGCCCUCACACGUUUCUGCGCCGUCGCCGGUGUCCUGACACUCCUCUUCACGGCCUUCCUCUUAUCUCAAUCUUCCAAGAGCGCAAAGGCCCUAAUUCCGCCAGCCCUCUCUUCUGCCUUUCGCAAACCUACCUCCGAGGCCCAGCUUCUCGAAAUCUUUGCAAACGCUACCAGCGAGUACGGCCCCCACCCUAUCAACGACCUGAUUGCCGAUGCGCUCCGCAAGCAGGAUGCCUUACUCAAGAUGAGGUCUACCGACCUGCGCAGCGCGGCAGCACGGUAUCGCGUGAGACGGGGACGGCAUCCUCCGCCUGGUUUCGACAAAUGGUUCGAGUAUGCCUCUAAGCACGACGCUGUCAUCGUCGAGUCCUUCUUCGACAGGAUAUACAAGGAUCUGCUACCGUUUUGGGCCCUGGACUCGUGGCAGACGGCCAAGAGGGCUGCCGACUGGGAGCAUGUUGUGCGCGUCAGGAGCAACAAGGCCAUACCAGUGGGCGACGUCACGGGCAAGGUGCCUUGGCUGCAGCUGUGGACGGACUUGGUCGCUGAAUUCGCCGAGUUUUUGCCUGACGUGGAUAUGCCCAUCAAUUACAUGGACGAGUCGCGGAUCCUGGUGCCAUGGGAGGACAUUGGCCAGAUGGUAGAGAACGCGAGGAUGUGGCGCAAGAUCACGCCUGUGGAUGAUGUCGUCAGUGAUUGGCACGGCCUCAGGUCCUUACAUGGCGACUCCACCGCUGACGCUCAGCGCCCGUAUGAGCCAGUAUGGCUCACAGACACCGAACAAAUCUGGGACUACACGGCGGCCACUUGCCCACCUGAUUCACCAGGUCGCAACGCGUCGGCCCUUGAGGACUUCUCCCUGCCACCUGUGUUCCCCGAGAACUGGGAUCCUGACUUCAGCGAGGGAGGCUACGUCAAGAACCACACGGCCGCGAUGGAUCCGUGCUACCAACCACACCUCAGGGGCCUGCACUCCACCUUCGUCGAGCCCAUCAGCAUGAGGACGACGCAGGAGCUGAUUCCCCUCUUCGGAGGCUCCAAGCUGUCCAGGAACAAUGAGAUACUGAUUCCUGGUGCCAUGUACUUGACGGCAGAUUCGUUUUACAGCGGGGGGAACUGGCACGGGCCGUCGUGGGACCAGAAGACCACCUCAGUGACGUGGCGUGGUGUGGCGUCCGGAGGUAGGCACAAGGACACCAACUGGAGGCAUUUUCAGCGGCUGCGUCUGAUCGAAAUGCUGAACGGCACAACCGUCCAGAACCUGGAAGAAAACGCUGUGCCAGCCAUGACCUUCCAGAUGCCCCCGGCUGACCGGUAUGAUUUUCUCCGCCGCUUCGAAGGCGAGGUUGGUGGAUGGCUCUCGGAGACCACCGAUGCCGGCUUCACGGAGCUCCUUUGUUUUCCCCGCGAAGGCAACUGCUCGUACCUCUCAGAGUUCUUCCACGAGGUCGCUCCCAAGCCGAUGGAUAAACAAUUCCAACACAAGUUCAUUCCUGAUGUGGAUGGCAACUCCUUCAGCGCACGGUACCGCGGGCUCCUGCUCAGUACCUCGCUGCCAAUCAAGGCCACGAUUUAUGCCGAGUGGCACGACGAUCGGCUGCAGCCGUGGCUGCACUUCGCUCCGAUGGACAAUACCCUCCAGGAUCUCUAUGGGAUCCUCGACUACUUUAUGCGCGAUGACAAGGGCGAUGCUGCGGCCAGGUUGAUCGCGGAGACCGGCAAGAGAUGGGGCGAAAUGGUGCUCAGGCGCGAGGACACUGUUCUGUACGUGUGGCGGUUGUUGCUCGAGUUUGCCCGCGUCUGUGACGAGAAUCGGGACAGGUUGGGCUGGGUGGACGAUCUGACCACAAUGGACGAGCAUCAAUGACCAGUGCUGUAGCACCACACCAUUUACGGCGUUUCUGUCUAAGUUCGGCGGCAUGUAUCGGCUUUUGUGGGCGUGCAUCAUCUUUUUGACGGAGUUUGGAGUCAAACUUUCUAAUCACGCAUCUCGGGGAAAUUCUGGUGGAAGGCGCAUGCUUGAUUGGUGCAUGCAUUGGUUGCAUGAAGGGAAGAUUUACAAGUGUCGAGAGACGUCUCACCAGGACAAUCAUUUUUGAGCCAGUUGGGGGGCGGAUAUCAGAUACCCAAGGGCUGAGGAGUUGGGAGGGCAAACUGGAGUAAGAAAUGACGUGGCCAUGAUCCCGGUUCCGAGCAUAUUUCCUUGACCGGCACCGGACAUACCACUUCACCUAAUUAGCAUACAUUCAAUUGCAUUUGAUUUUACGGCUAUC